UAGUAUAAUAUAUUCAACGGAUUACUCUACAGCUUUUCUUAUCUUCAACGUCAAAUAGCGUUUUAACAGUUUCCGUUCACAGAGAAGCAGAAACGAAAUGGCAGGCAUAGGGUUAUCGUGGCCGUCAAAGUUGACCGAGAGACCAACUCACGCAUCUGCCGUUUGCCGAUCUGCUACCCGCUGCUGUGCAUCCUCCGUCAAAAUGACCGUUUCCGUUGACGAAAAGAAGAAGAAUUUCACCCUUAAAAACUCUGAAGACGCUUUUAACGCCGCCAAGGAGUUGAUGCCAGGAGGUGUGAAUUCGCCAGUACGCGCGUUCAAAUCGGUUGGCGGUCAACCUAUUAUAUUUGAUUCGGUCAAGGGGUCUCACAUACGUGACAUUGACGGAAAUGACUACAUAGAUUAUGUCGGUUCAUGGGGACCGGCAAUCAUUGGUCACGCAGACGAUGAGGUGCUUGCAGCCUUGGCUGAAACCAUGAAAAAGGGAACCAGCUUCGGUGCACCAUGUCUUCUAGAAAAUACGCUAGCUGAGAUGGUAAUCUCGGCUGUACCCAGUAUAGAAAUGGUUAGGUUUGUUAACUCUGGGACGGAAGCGUGCAUGGGUGUGCUCCGGCUUGCUCGUGCUUACACCAACAGACAAAAGAUCAUAAAGUUCGAAGGUUGUUACCAUGGUCACGCAGAUCCGUUUCUUGUCAAAGCGGGAAGUGGUGUUGCGACUCUUGGACUUCCCGAUUCUCCUGGUGUUCCAAAAGCAGCCACUACAGACACCUUAACGUCACCCUACAACGACAUUGAAACGAUUAAGGAAUUAUUCAAUACCAAUAAAGGAGAAAUCGCUGCCGUUAUACUCGAGCCCGUGGUUGGGAACGCGGGUUUCAUUACACCGAAACCCGAGUUCUUGAGUUUCCUCCGUGAAAUCACUAAAGAAAACGAUUCCCUUUUGAUAUUUGACGAAGUUAUGACGGGGUUCCGUCUGGCUUAUGGUGGGGCCCAGGAGUAUUUUGGUAUAACUCCGGACUUGACCACAUUGGGAAAGAUCAUCGGUGGUGGGCUUCCGGUGGGUGCUUAUGGUGGAAGACGGGAUAUUAUGGAGAUGGUGGCGCCUGCGGGACCCAUGUACCAAGCCGGGACGUUAAGUGGGAACCCGCUUGCUAUGACAGCUGGCAUCCAUACGCUUAAACGGCUUCAAGGAUCGGGAACAUACGAACAUUUGGAUAGAGUUACAAACCAACUUAUUAAUGGAAUUUUAAACGUUGGAAAGAAAGCCGGGCAUGCUAUUAGUGGAGGAUAUAUAAGCGGAAUGUUUGGUUUCUUUUUUACAGACGGGCCGGUUUAUAAUUUCGAGGAUGCAAAAAAGAGCGAUACUGCUAAAUUCGCGAAAUUCUAUAGAGGAAUGUUGGAAGAAGGUGUUUAUUUUGCUCCUUCUCAAUUUGAAGCUGGGUUUACCAGCUUAGCACAUACCGAUCAGGAUAUUCAACAAACAAUAGACGCUGCUGAAAAGGUUCUUCGACAGCUUUAAAGAUUUGUUUUGUUGGUCGGUUAGUUGGUUGCCUGAUUUAAGCUUAAUCAGGUAUGUUACUAUGUUUACGUUUGUUGGUCCUUAGCGCAUUUUCCCAUGAUUUCAAACUGCUGUGUGGUUUUUCGUAGUGUAAUAUGGCUAUGGUAGUAUCUGUUGAGGAUAAAUAACGAUGUCGUUUUGUCAUUAUUUAUCCGAAUUAUAUUAGCAUUCAUGUAGAAUAAUGCGGCAAUCAGACAUCAGUAACAGUCGAGAUUGGUUCGGAUGAAAUUUGUUGUGACAUAACAUCUUGGUUUAAAGCUUGAUUAUUCUUGCUGAGUGUUUGUAAUAUUUAUUAUACUGAAUACAAGUUAUGAUGUUAAGUUUGGUUAUUAAAGUUA